UUUCAAACCACUUUCUCUUUCUCUCUCUCAAUCUCAUUUUCAUCUACAUUCAUUCAUUCUCUUGCCUCUACAUAUCAAACAUGCAACAUUGUUUCAUCAUUCAAAUGUGUGAUUCUUCCCACACUCUCUUUUCCAUCAUGCUCAUUUUCUCUCAACUUGUUAAACCCUCCUAAAAUCUCGCCUACUUUUCACUGUUUCUCCCCUGUUUUUUUUUUUCUCCAGUUUUCCUUUUUCUGCAAUUCUUUCUCUCUCUCCAUCCAUAUCCAUCUCCCAUAAUUAUCAAUAGUUUUGGGAUCAGAUUCAAUCGCGGGCCCAAAGUUUUUUGCGGGCCAAAGAUUUUAUUGUUGGGGUGUAUUCUACAGUUGAUUUAAAUGGGGAUUGGUAGAAACUUGUCUGAGAAGAAGGGGAGGGAGUUGCGUGAAUUGCGAGAAGAAACAAACACAAACGCCAACAAAUCGAGAAAGAAUCGGAAACAUCGUCUGAGGAAGAUGUCGCCGGGACAGAGGUUGUUUCAGACUUGUAAUCAAGUGUUUGCUUCUACUGGUCCUGGGAUUGUCCCUUCCCCUCAACACAUUGAAAUGCUUCUCUCUGUUUUAGGUGAAAUAAAACAAGAAGACCUGGACUUGAGACCUGAUAUGCCAUAUUUCAGUACAAACAACCCUCGAAGAACUCCAAAAAUUACAUACCUGCACAUUUAUAAAUGUGAACAAUUCUCGAUGGGAAUAUUUUGCUUGCCACCUUCUGGAGUUAUUCCUCUUCACAAUCACCCAGGAAUGACUGUUUUCAGCAAGCUUCUUUUUGGAACUAUGCACAUCAAAUCUUAUGAUUGGGCAGUUGACUUGCCUCCUCACAUGGUCAAACAAUCAGAAACAACCCAGACAUCAGAUGUAAGAUUGGCGAAAGUUAAGGUUGAUGCUGAAUUCAAUGCUCCUUGUGACCCCUCCAUUCUUUAUCCUGCUGAUGGAGGCAACAUGCAUUGGUUCACUGCAGUUACAGCUUGUGCAGUUCUAGAUGUGCUUGGUCCUCCAUACUCUGAUCCUGAUGGCAGACACUGCACAUACUACCAGAAUUUUCCCUUCUCCACCUAUUCAGUUGAUGGAAUAUCCAUACCAGAGGAAGAAAGGAAAACAUAUGAAUGGCUACGAGAGAAGGAGGAACCUGAAAAUCUUCAAGUAGCGGUAAAGAUGUACAGCGGCCCAAAGAUUGUGGAGAACUAACUCUGUUUUGUCAUCCAACACUUUUCCUGUUGUUGUGGUCAAAUGUUGCUGUAGAUCAUUGUCUCAUUCUGUUUUUUGAAGUCAUCUUUUUGUCCUCUAGUCAAACAUGUUCUCUCUGUGGUAGUACUACCAUUUUAGUAUUUCAUUUUCU